AUGCUCGUUGGCACCGCGGUGCGCUUGGCCGUGCCUCGGCAGGGGGUCGGAUCGUGGGAGGUUUGCUUGCCCACUCAGCAUUUUUCGAGUUGUGACAACUCUCGUUUCUCAUGUGGCGAGGUCCUGGCAGCCUUCGCAGCCGCCGUGACGUUGGCCGCCAGCCUUGGCUGCGAGGAGACCGAGGAGACCUGCGAGCAGGCCGCGCUGCUGCAGGUCACAGGGAAGUCCGGCGGGCACUCGCUUUGGCCCUUCCCCAGCUUGGCGGAGCACGCGGCAGAGCGCGGAGCAGACCUGGAGGAAGGAAGGCUGGAUGAGGUCCACAAGGUCCACAAGGACAUGGAGGCCCUGGCCCUGCAGAAGCUCGCGGAGAUGGAAAAUACGCAAAAUCUCAGCGACUACAACCUGACUCGCGAGGACUUCGGCUUGAGCAACACCACGAUGACUCUCCUUCACUCUGUUCUCACGGAGAUGCAGAGCUUGCUCGCGCAGAUCAACGCCUCUCACCUUGCGGACGAGCAGCUGCUCCUUGACCUUGCGGAGGGCUUCGCUCAAUGCAACAGCGACCUGUCGGCUCGACAGCUUCAAAGCCAGAACCUGAGCACCCUUGUGAGGGGCGCCAGCAGCUCCCACGACGGCUGCCGCACUUUGGAGCAGACCUUGUCGGGCCAGAACGGAACCGACUGGCUAACCUACCUUAACAAGGGCAACGAAGCGCUGCCCCAAGACGUGAAGGACUGCAUGCAGGCCUACCUGGACGGCUACAACCCGCAGACGGCCGAGCAUCUGCAGGUCAUGAUCGAUUGCGCAGCCACCAUCAGUAGCUUCUUUGCCAGCUUCGAACCUAGCAUGGUCACCCUGAAAGAUACCUACUUCAGCAGCCUCCAUGCGGUGAACAACCGAAGCGAGGAGUGCCGGGUGGAGCAAUCCACCUUGGAGAGCCACUUCUGUGAGUACCGACAGCAGCUGACGGACAGCUGCGAUGCCAUCGACACGUGCUAUCAAAAUGUCAACCAGACGUGGCUGCAGUUGCUAGCCACCAUUGCUGCUUCGGACUCACGCCGUGAGGCUUCCUACACUGCCGCCAAGAAGGUCAUCUGCUACAUUCAGCUGCUCCAGAGCAACCUCACCCAAGCUGCUGUGCAGGCGUGCCAGGACCUGGUCGUCGACACUUCCGGCCUGGCAGUCCACAUCCCUGACCCCGCGGCAAAGCAAGUUUGCGACAGCUCGCCAGUGGCCGACUUCCCCUGUGAGACCGCCUGGGUGCAGAGCGAGUAUUUGGAUAAGAGCUGGUACACCGGCAACCCGCAGAUCGCCCCCGACACCUGCCCGGGGCCUCAGAGAAGAUCUCAGCCAGCCACCAUUGCAGCCUGGGAUUUCGGCAGCUGUGCCAUCGUCGAGAACGCAAGCCUUAUUCCCAGCAAGCUUUGGUGCGUUGGUGAUAAUAAUUAUGGGACGACAGGUGGUCGUUCGUCAUCCCCCCCCUACGGCAACCAAGUCGACCUUGGACGCAACCGCACGGCCAGGGCCGUGUAUUCAGCGCUCAAUAGCGCACACGUGUGUGCUCUGCUGGACACUGAGGACUUGAAAUGCUGGGGUUGGAACGCUCACGGACAGCUGGGCCUAGGUGAUGCGAGCGACAGAGGGAGGAGUCACGAUGGGAGUGGUAUGGGAGAUCAGCUACCGUCAGUGGAUGUGGGCGCUGACCGCAAAGUUGUUGGCGUGGCGGUGGGCGUGUUCCACACCUGCGGAGUCUUGGCUGACCGCUCCAUGAAAUGCUGGGGCUACGGCCAACACGGCAGACUGGGCUUCAUGCCCGACGCCGGCGGCUACGGCAACAACAACAACAAAGCCGGGGAUGCCCCCGGCGAGAUGGGCGAUUUCUUGCCGACCUUGGACUUUGGCGGCGAGCCCGUUCUUGAUGUUUCGGCCGGACAAGAGCACACAUGCGCUAUCCUCCAGAACAACAGCAACGGGGCGCAACUCACAUGCUGGGGGUCGAACUCCUAUGGCCAGCUGGGUCGCGGCUCUGCAAUCGCUUCUACUGCAAAUCACCCUCUCGUCGAGCCUGUCAACCUGGGUACUGGCCUCCAUGCAGUGCAAGUUGCAGCGGGCAAUGACCACGCCUGCGCUUUGCUCAGCACUGGCAGAGUUAAAUGCUGGGGACGCAACGACUAUGGGCAACUCGGCAGCGGCUCCACGACAGACGUUGGCAGGUUAGCCGCGGACAUGGGGGACAACUUGCCAGCGGUCGAUUUGGGCACCAGCGAGGGCGCGCCCUUGAAUGCCAUCUACAUCGCGGGUGGGCGCUACCAUGCCUGUGCCAUUCUCGAGGGCGGAGGUGUUAAAUGCUGGGGCUAUUUGACUGAUGCGAGUAACUCAGCGGCCAGCAUCGGCGACGGCCCCAACGAGAUGGGCGACCACCUUCCAUUUAUCGACCUAGGGGUGGGCCGGACUGCUGUGGAGGUGGCUGGUGGUAGCAGACAUAACUGCGCGCGCCUGGAUGACGACACGCUGCACUGCUGGGGCUACGUGCCGCAGGAUUGGGCGAACGACGAAGUAGAGGAGAAGAGGCUUGAACGUCUGAACGUCUACCAGUCUGAUAAGCGCCGGCUCUGGAGGAGGCUCCUGGAAGCUUCGGGAGGCUCGGGGCUGGCGAGCUCGGAUGCACCGCUGCGGAAAUCUUGUGUCGAAAGGGAUUUCAAGAUUUCCGAUUUCCAUCAUUUCAUCAUCCCAGCAUUCCGUCAGACGGAGCAGGUCACCGUACGAGUGAUAGAGGGCACCAGACAAGGCUUGGUGCAGAUGUACACGAAGUCCGGUUCCAAGACAUUGUUUGAGGGGGAGCAAGGCUCAGGGGCCGUGGUGCCGCUGAAGACGCACUUGGAACAGCCUGCGGACGAGACGUCUGCCAUGCAGUUGGGCACCUUGCUCGGCGGGCGAAGUGCCGACUCUGAGCUGGCCAGCGUCAACCUCGUCACCCUGGCAGCCGAGACCCGUGCCGCUGGAUUCUGGGGCCUUGCGCAGUCCUUGCAGAGCUUAGAGGCGAGCCACGGGAACUUCACUUCAAGCUUCCCCGAGCUGGUCCGACAAUUGCAAGGAGCCGCCGACGAGCUGCUGCAGGACCAACAACAAGCUGCGGACUUGCUGCGGCGCCGAGCUGAAGAACGUCGAGCCUGCAACGAUCAUUUGCAGGAGCGUCUCAGGCACACAGUGGCUGAAGCUCUUGGCGCUGCUUCGCCCGUGGUGCAGCAUGCCGAGACUGUUCGCAGCUGCCGAAGUCAGGGUAAGAGCCCGAAUCCGUGCACGAAGACUGUUGGAGCCCCGCCCGGGCCAGCUCAGUGCGCGAAGACCUACUUGUCGUGCGGUUCCUCGACGGACUGCUCUGAAAGCGAGGAGAAGCUUGAGGAAUGCGAGACCUGGGCCAUCGUCGCAUCCCAGGGGCCGGAGGCUAUAGGAGAAGCAUGGCCAUGGCAUCGUGCGAGAAGGCGCGCAACCUGGAACAGGGGCAAGCAAAGUGACACCAACAGCAGCUGCGAGCCUGCGCGGGGAGGCUUCCAGAAACAUUUCUGCGAGCUCCAGGUGAACUUGACAUCUACCUGCUUGGCGCACGACAACUGCUGGGAGAAAGCCGAGUCGGCCUGGCUCCAUAGCCACGCCAACAUCGCAGGUAAGGUCUCCAAGCGGAAGGUUGCUUUUGAGGCCGUGAAGCGAAUGGCUUGUCACCUGGGUGACCUGUCGCAGCCUCCGGCUGAUUGCGACAACCUGGUUCUGGACCCCGUGCCCCACAUCUCCACGCCAGAUGACUCUGGUAAGGAGGCUUGUGAGCUCAUGGCCUGCCUGUCACUGUCCGAUAGCAAGCUGUCAGGCACAGUGCGACAGGAUCAGCGAGCAGCCAAGGACGAUUGCUGGCAGUGGAUACAAGCAGACAUUCAUGAAAUGCUGGUUGGCUUUGUUGACUCCUGUGAAGACGAAAACACGGCCGCGGCAUCUGGCAGCCUUGGGAAUGCAGCGGCGCAGAAUGCGGAGACUCACUGCCAUCUCCGUGGGGUCGGCUUCAACGCGUCUGCCGAUGCGGGUAAGAGCUGGAUUUCGCAAGACCCUGCGGAUCCUCAUGGACGUCUUGGCCAGAACUCUUCAGCCAGAGAUCUGAAUGCCAUGCUUCAGAUCACGAGCCGCCGCGAAGCUUUGGGAAAGCGCUCCCAGAUGACACAGGACCUCUGUGAGAGCAUUGCGCGCGCCAUGGUGAGUUCCAAGAUGCAGCUUUCCAAGCACCUCGUGAUGUACAUCUGCGGGGUGCUCCCGGAGAUCGGAGAUUUUCCAAACUUGGCUUCUGGCUGCUUCGCGUUCCCGACCGACGACCUUCUCGGCAAAUUCCUGAGAAGUCAUGGCCAGAAGAAGAUGGACCCUGACUUUGCUCUGAAGCUGCUGAAGGGCUUCUUCUUUCCCAAGGUCCGCGACUCCUGCGAAGUUCAGGGCGUCGUAACCACCUUGAGAGGCUUCAGCUAUCAAGGUUGUGCUGGUGGCCUUCGUGUGGACACAGCGUGUUCGCCCUGGCAGAAGGUGUCCUCCACUCAUGUGGGUGAGAGUGAGAUUUUCACCAUUGGCGUCCUGCUGGGCGAAGACGAAGGCCACGGAAACCCUUCCGGCAUCGGAGGCCUUUGGGAGAAGGAGAAGAAGGAGAAGAAGGCGAAGAAGGAUCUCAAGCCGGAGCAGCAAGAGGAAGAGGAAGAGCUGGAGCUCAUUGCCGACAGCGAGGAAGUCUCGAAGCAGAGUUACAGAUGUUACUUGUCAGGCUGCUUCAUCGACGAUUCAAGGCGGUCGGAUGGGAAGUGCGACUGCGAACAGUGCGAAGACGAACCCGGGCUAAGCUGCGAGUCAUGCGGUGGCUGCCCGAGCUUAUGCACCGACAGCCCGGCAGAUUGUUUCCUACUCCGGCAGAACUUCACAUGCGAUGACGGCUGCAUCGUCCCGGCGGGCAAGGUCGACAACAACAAGUGCGAUUGUUCAAAUUGCGAGGAUGAGUCGCAAUUUACCUGCGAAGCCUGCCACCCCUGGUUCAAUGCUUGCCAUGCAGAAUGCGGUCGCAAAGAAUCGGACUUCAUUUUUUCCUUCGAGGAGUGCCAGAAGGUGGAGUCCAUUGUUCCAGAUGCAACCAGCGCUCCAGCUGGUUUUGCCUGGACGAUCCCCAUCAACUUCUACUUCUGCGACGAUCCCACGAAUGGUGGAGUAAAUGUUUCCAGCCAAGUGACUUCUCAGAUGCUGCAAGAUCAGAUUCGCCAGCUCAACCGAGACUUCAGUGGUCAAGAAGUUUGCCAGCUCGACCCGCUCUACGAGGUGGCACAGGCCGACGUUCAAGUCCAGUUCUGGUUGGAGGGCAUCACCACCAUCGUGGACAGUCAGUGCUCCGCAUGUGGAGCGAAAAAAAUUCGCGAUAACCCCACUCUGUCCAAUGUGAUCACCCAGAUUCCAGGCAAGCCGCUGUCACGGGAAAAUGGAAAGAUCAAGGUGGUGAUUUGUCCGCUCGAGGCCAGGGGAUUCCUGGGACUGGCCGGGCUCCCUGGUUCGCCCUAUGCCAACCGACCCAGCUUCAAUGAUGACUAUCGUGCCGUGGCUGUAGAUCCUGGGGCCCUUACAGGAGGGAACCUUUCGGCUUACAAUCAGGGAAAGACGCUCACCCGCAUGAUGGGCCACUACCUGGGUCUCCGAAACACAUUUGAGAAAGGCUGCGACCAGACAGUUGAAGGAGAUUUCGUCAAUGACACGGCCUUGGAGGAAUCUCCCAACUUGGGAAACUGCAGUUCCUCGCGACAGAGCUGUGGCUCUGGGGACCCAGUGCACAAUUACAUGGACCUCUCCGAUGAUGCAUGUCGCUGCUCAUUCACGGCAGGGCAGGCUCGCCGCAUGUGGUACUUCAUGAGAGAAUUCCAACCCGACCUCUUGAUUCCCUCGCGCACCACCACCACUACCACCACGAUAAACUUCGUGGCAAUCACUGGUGCAUUGGACGAGACGGAGACGCAGGAAGUGAAAUCGGUGCUUGGCAGCCUCUUGAACAACAUCGUCGUGCCCGGCAAUCCCGACUCCGAUGUCGGGAAUGCCACCAACGACAGCAACGCCAGCAACGUUAGCAUUGACAGCAACUCCAGUGGAUCUGAUGGGUCAGCAUCAAUCCUUGCAACGCUUCCCAUCAACACAUCAGGCGGUGAAGUUUUGCAAGUCACGGUACUGGAUCCGAAGCGAGUUGCAAAAAACACCACCGUUUCGAUUCCAAGCGAAAGUGGCGGUACAGUGGCAGUGACAGGAAAUGCCUUGCAAAAAGUCGCAGAGGCCACAGGCUCAGACCUGGUGGUGUUGAGUUCCAGCAAGCUGAAGGCGAACAAUUCGGCCGAGCUGGCGCAAAAAAGCAAUGCGGAGGUCGAGUCUCUUCUCACCCUGAGCUUCCGCGACGAAUCUGGCACCACCAUCGAAGCAGGAAAUCUGCCAGAGCCCAUCGACUUCACGAUUCCAACAACGGAUCCUGACGUGGAAUGCCUGACCUGGGACGAGGAUCUUCAGGAGUGGACGAACGAUGGCCUCGAGACUCUCGAAGAUCCGCCAGAAGGCUUCCUUUCUUGCCGCACCUUCCAUUUGAGCCUCUUCGGCUCCGGAUGCCCCAGACCAGGAGCCAGCAAGCGUGAACAAACGAGGCCCAGUAGGCUGGGCUGCAUCAACCGCUUCACCACCACCACGACCACCAGAGCUCCCACAUCCGAAGUGCUCACUGAAGACGUAGCUAACGGCUCCACGAGCAUCCCAGUGGCGGACGUGGGCAUCUUCAGGAUCGGGAUCUCGGUUUAUAUCUCUGACACGGCUGGAAGUGAGGUCCGGACUGUCAUCAACAUCACCUCGGGUGUUGGCCUCGUUGAAGGCAGUUCUGCAUUCUCCCGCCGCCAGACGCCGGGCACCCUCUUUCUGAACUCGCCGCUCACGAACCAGUACUUGGUCAACAGGUCGGCUGUCAUCGUGAUCUCGACAGCUACGGCAGCCAGCGGACAGGUGGUCCCACACAUCGUGCUGGCCAACUUUAGGGAAGCGAACGCCACCGACAGCCAGGCGGUGAACUACUCCCAGUUCUUCGAGUGCUUGGUGCCACUUCCCGCAAGUGUUACGAGUGACUCAUGGACGCCUUGCUUCAAUGCUGCGCAGCGCAACCGGGUCCUUGAUCUCCUCCGUACAGUGGCCAAUAUCACGCUGGCGGACAUUCUGGCAGACGGCGGGUGGGCCAUUCCGACGGAUUACUGGCUCAACAUGGUCUGCGACUGUCCAAAUUGUGAAGACGAGGAAGAGCUACUCAACCUCGGCUUGAGCCAACUUCCGGACUCCUUCCGAGGCCUCACGGGCAAAUUCGGUUGUGACCAGUGUGGCGGCUGUCCGACCGUCUGUGGCGAGUCUGUCGAUUGCAACCCUGAUGAUAGUGGAUUGCUGUCCGAAUGCGCGGCUGUAGCAGAGAGGGACAACUGGGACUUAGACGCGCUCUUUGACUGUGGCCCUGUCGGCUACAGGGUCCCGGCCGAGUAUGUCAACGACAGCCAAUGCGAUUGCCCUGAUUGCAGAGACGAAGCGAACUACACUUGCGAGACCUGUGGGUACUGCCCAUUGGUCUGUGGGACUUGGGCAGAAUGUGGAGAGAAUGCUACCUUCGACCUUGCGGCCGAGUGUUCAAACGCUGAUCUCCAGUGGAGCGCCUUGUCUGGCUACAAGACCUGCAACAAUGGCUGGACUAUCCCGAUUGAAUACUGGGAUGACGACUCUUAUUGCGACUGCCCGGACUGUGAGGACGAGUCCUUCUCCUGUGAGGUGUGCGGGGGAUGCCCUUCACCGUUCAUGCCGGUUUUCGUGGAUGAGUCCUUUCCGGGCACCAGCAUCAGCAACACCUCUGCCUGCGGCCAACCCUUCGAAUGCAACUGGAUUUCGAUUGGGGACAGCAUCGUCCCUGAGUGCCAACUUUAUGCCGCCGAGUACAUGGCACCAGCGGACAUCAUCUCCUGCAACUCUUCGGACCCCAACACCUUCAACACAUCACGUGAGUGGCUUAACGAUGGCUUUUGCGACUGUCCCAAUUGUGAGGACGAGGACAAUUACACCUGCUCAUCAUGCCUAGGAGGGUGCCCGGAGAAGUGUGGCGAGAGCCGCCCCUGCGACGAGGGCCCGAACUUCAAAGCGUGCAGGUGGUUGAAGGACUCGCCCUUCUACCUGAGCGCGGCAAACAUCUGGGCCUACAGUGCGGAUUUAGACCCGAUCCUUGGCACCUACGGCUACGGCGACCCCUUCAGCAGUAAAGAGCAGAACGCAAGUCGACUUCGGCAGUGCAGCAACGGCUGGACGAUCGAGGAAACCGCAGUCAAUGACGGUCAGCGGUGUGAUUGUCCCAAUUGCGAAGACGAGGUAAACUUGACCGUCGAGAACUGCUCGUUCGAGCCAGCUUUUUGUGGAGAUUCGGUGGUUUGUGAUGGCAGUCUCACGGAUCUUAACGACCAGCAACUUUGUCCAGCAUGGUAUGGCUUUAUCAACGAGAGCCUGACGUUCGUCUGCGACAACGGCUGGAGGAUUCCGUUUGUUUUCCAGAAUGACAACGUUUGUGAUUGCCGGGACUGCGACGACGAAGCUAACGUUACCUGCGAGAGUUGCGGUGCGUGCCCUUUUCGCUGCGGCGACUAUACCAAUUGUGUUGCUGGCCAAAGCUGGCUAUACGGCUCGGAUGAAAGGACGAAGCCUGCCACAUCAACGACGGUCACCACCUCGACAGCGAUUCCAUCUACCAGCUCGACAACGGCUGCGACCGCCUCGACAACAGGUGAAUUUACCGCCUCGACAACGGCUACCUCGGCAACAGGUGAAUCUACCACCUCGUCAACGAUGGCACCUAGCACCUCCACAACGAUUCCUAGCACCUCGACAACGAUGGGGGUCACCUCGACAAGGGCUGCAUCCACCACCUCGGUUGCAGCAGUUGUGUCUCCAAGAUCGACGACAGAAUUCCAGGAGAGUCCGCCAUCUGACCCUACCAACUCGAGGGAUCCAGGUCGAGGCUAUUACUCCCGGCCGCGGGGCACCGGCCAGCGGCGGGGUCAGCAGCGUCAUGGCCGCGGAGGUCACUUUGGUCGCGGUCGUCAUGUUCACCGACUACGGAGGUGGGUGAAGAGCGGUCUUGGAUCCGACGGGAGGCGACUGGAGAUGCAGCACUUGCUGGCGAUGGCCCGCAUGGAGGGUCCCAGGCGUGAGCACCCGAAAAAGGAGAGAGCCAGAAUGAGCCUCGUUUCUUGGGGGAUCGUCAAAAAGUGGGUCGACGGUGAGAAGGACAAGUUCAAAGAGGACCUCGAAGCCUGUGCACGUGGCGCAGGUUGCACACCAGCAGCACGAGGUUUGAGCUGGGCUUCGGGUCUUGUCAACGAUGUCGUGAAAUGGGGCAUCCAGGCUGCAGGUGCAGCGGCAGAGUGGACACAAGAUCGGGCAGAGGAGGCCGCUGACUCGGCCAGGCGUGUUGCAGCAGAUGUGGUGAAUAUGGCCAAAGAAGGAUGGGAAGGAGCGGUGGAAUUCGCAGAAGCUGCGGGGGAAUUCUUCAACGACUUGUGGUCGGGCGCUCAAGAUGCCAUUGAAGAGUUCUUCGGCAAGACCUUGAAAAACUUGCUGCCGAGGCCCCCGGCGCAAGUCUGCGGUGGCAUCAAGUUUCCUGAUAAUGUUCUGGAUGUCUUCAUCAAAAAGAAUGCGUGCCAGCGAGCAAUCUCCGACAUCUUCAAGGAGAUUGAAGAGGUCUUCAAAGAUGACUUACCGCCACUUGUCUCGGCCAUAGGGGCCCGCAUAUCUUCCAUGUGGAAUGACGGAGACUUGUGGAAGGCUGCUGCAGGAAAGCUGGCAUCAUCGAUGGGUGGAGAAAAAAUCCUCCUGGAUAUCAUUACUGGCAAAGCUGGUGGCCGUGCGGCGGAGAUCGUAAACACUGUGCAAGAGGUGCUGACGACCUUCUUCAGAGCUCAUCUCGGACCACUCUUCGACGACCUUGGACGCUUCUUCGGCGGGAUCUUGCGGUUUUUCGGGAGCCUGCUCAAAAAUAUUGGGAAAGCCAUUGUGACCUUCUCACCCGCCGGAGGAUCCUCGCUGCUGCAGAGCAACUCCACCGCCGCGGCGGUUCGAUUCGACACGACGUGGUAUUUGGCGCUCUGCGCGGAGAUUUUUCUUCUCUUCGGCUUCGUGGGCGGCUGCGCAUACUUGCCUUGGGAUUUCUCCAGACCAACGGACAACGACAUCAGACUCGUCCUUGAAGUCGGUGGCGGUGUGAUCACUCCGCCGCUAACUCCGAACUGGGCUCCGUCAGUGGAUCUGAGUGGAGGACUCAAGUUCGGUCCUAUUGUCACCGGUGACCGGUCCUCACUCGCCGGCCUUUCAGAAUCCGUUGGCCUAGAGCUCGAUUUUGAGGCGCCCGAGGGGGUCCCCGCUGGCCUCAACAUGGGAACAUCCUUCACCUUCGCGACGGAUGGCACCUGGUUGACAUGGGAUGGAUUUGUGAACGCGGUCAUUGGAGAAGGCCCGACGGUUAUCGGUCCUAUGGGCGGCGCGUUCGUAUCCAAGCAGUACGGGUGGGAAUUCAUCGUAGGGCCCAGCACACGCGAGGUAUUCAAUGAACAGAAUGAGAACCUCAACAAGGCAAACUCAGCCGGGGGAGACGCAGCGGGACAGUCCCUCGUACAAAUAUCUCAAGGUGAUCCAAAUGAUGGAGCCUUGCAGCGUCGAGGCGUCAGCGUGUCCUACACGGCCGCUGCGGGAGCGGCCCAAGGAACUCAGCUUCCUGUCGUCAACAACCAGCCAGCCGACGAGAAGUGGAUCAAUGGUUACUUGGUCACGAGCGCAUCUCCGCUCGAGGGGCCGAUGGAAAUUCCGACUCUGGCGCGCUACGGUAUCUACGCUGGUGCAAGCUGCGCAGUGGGCACCGACGUCAUGUCAGAAGAGGAGUGCAGACAGGCCGGGGAGUUCCUGAAGAAUGCAAAGGGACGCAAGGGCACCACGGCCUUCGUCUCUGGAAAAUGGGGAGGGGUCCCCUUCGGGUGCAGCAACCAAGUAUCAAGCGGCGCUUUCCAUUACCAACAAAAUGUCCAAUCUGACAACUCCCGGGCUGCGAACGACGAGUUUCGCAUGAUUUGCAGAAAGCAGUUCUUUCGGGGAGAAGCCAACCAGUGGAAAUGCAAGGGCGGCCACAGGAUUCAUCGCAAAGCAGAAUGCGUCGAUGCAUACAUGCAGCUACAGGCCACCCUGAAAGUGGAUCCAACCAAUCCCAACGAGAGAUUGAAACGCCCGCGACAGAGCGACGCAGAGGUCCUCCCGGGAGGUUAUUGGUGGCCAGAACGAGUGCCGCCGCUGUGUUCCGUGGAGCACGACAACAAUGACUGGCCCACCAGGCAGCAUCUCUGGGAUGGCAACUAUGACAAGCCCAUCAAUUGGGGUUUCAAGCAGGACAACCAUCGGGUCCUUUGCAGGAAGAAGUACUUUUGGCUCGAGAGGGACGGUGCACUCGUUUGCCCAUAUGGGUCCCAGAUCACGAACUCCCAGGUGUGCGCGGACGCAUUUGAGGCUUUGAAAUCGAGCUUCCCAAAUGAUAUUUCACCUCGAAGCCUUUAUGUCCUCUCAGAUCCGGCCCUGCCGCCGGGAUGCUCCGUGAUGGCCGGCGGUGACUACACUCCGCACUUCAACGAGUUCGCAUCUCCGAACGCAGCACGAGCAGCAAGUGGAGAAUUCAGGCCAAUGUGCCAGCAGCCGAAGCAUUGGCUCGGCCCCGAGAAAGGACCAUGCCCUCCAGGAACUCAAAUUCUCGAUCGGAUGGAAUGCAAGCUUGCUCACCAGGCCAUACGCUACGAGCUGAAGGUGAAUCCCAAAAAGAUCUGGGAGGAAGGCGCCUUUACAAACCUCCCGAGAGGAUGUUCUGUCAAGAAGGAUGGGCCCGAAACGCAUCCUCUCUUCAGCACCAAGCUGCAAGACACGGCUGGGCAAGUAGCGGGAGUGUUUCCCAUUUGCAGGCCAGCGAGGUACUACAUUGCGCCAAAGUCAGCAGGAGAGUGUGGCUCGGGCAGCGAGAUUCGAAACCGUGACGAGUGCGUUCGUGCCCACCUUGCCCUGUCAAAGGAGAUCAGGCGGGUCUACGGUGCUUGGCGCUCCAUGGGCCUGGUGACGGAGGACAUCGAGGACGGCGCCCCGCGCUGGUGCUCUGUGGGUGGGGGCCCAGAUACCAGUGCCUACUUCAACUGUGCCGGAGACAGCUUGGCCCUGACAACAAAGCGCCGCGAGAUUCAGGGCAGGUACCGCCCUAUCUGCAAGGUGCGCGUCACAAACGUCGAAAAAAAUGAUAAUUCUGCUUGCGAUCCAGGACCGCCAAAAACGAGGUAUGUGCUGCUCUCGCUGAAUGGCUGGAAGAGCCUGCCGGCCAGCUUGACGUAUGACCCGUCUUUCAAUCGAGCGGACGUGGUCGAGACAAUCCUGCUAUGCUGCAGAGACUUCCGCGGAGCACUCAUCUACAAAGAGAAUGGCGAAUGCAUCAAAGGUCUGUCAUGGAGUUCGGCGAAAUUUGAGUGCGGAGAACGGGGCGACAGGCUUUGCGGGAGAGCUGAGAUUGAUCCAGAUGCCGCAAGGGCCAGGAAUUUCGUGAAAAGCAUUUGCGGCGUGGACCAUCCUGUGUGGAUCAACGAGCUCCGCUAG